AUGCCAACUUCAUCUUCCUCAAUUCACCUCUCCUCUCUAUUCAACAGAAGACCCAAGAACAGUUCUAGCUCAGGUGUUGAAGAACAAGAAGAGAAAACCCUAGAAAAGAGCUGUAGUCCCAGCAACAUGAAACCCCAAGAAGAACCCAAGAAGGUUUCGAAUGGUCCUUUGGUGAAGAAAGAGAGAGGGGUCAGAUACAAGGAGUGUAGGAAGAACCAUGCAGCUAACAUUGGUGGAUAUGCCGUUGAUGGCUGUAGAGAGUUCAUGGCUGCUGGGGAGGAAGGGACCAGUGCUGCACUCAAGUGUGCUGCUUGUAACUGCCACAGGAACUUCCACAAAAGGGAGGUGGAGAUCGAUGGCCUGUGCGAUUGCUCGUCAAAUUCAACAACCUGGAAAUGA